GGAGUCGUGUUUGGCUCAAAUCAUAACCUAACGAGGCGUCACUCAUCUCCAGUAAGUAACUGUCUGUCUGUAAGUUUUGAAUCAUUCGAAACAAAAACAAAGAAAGCAAAUACCCUUUUUAAAGUUUAAAACGGGUAUUUGUUUUCUUUGUUUGUUUGUUUGUUUGUUUGUUUGUUUUUUUGCAAUUUAAUUAUUAAUAACAAUAGUUCCACCAAUAGGUAGACAGAACUUCCGGACGGUCAAAAAAAAUUGAGACUGUUUGGUAAUCCUUUUACUUUACGUCUCUUGAAUCUCAAGGUGAUUUAUUAACAUUAGAUGUACGUGAAAAAUUGGCAGGCGCGGUAUGAUCGUCUCAAUUUUUUACAGCACAUUUUUGGUUGCAUAGAUACGGAGUACCUCCUCAGCUGAAAAAUGCCAGUUUGGAUUGGGCAAAAUAAAGUUCUGCCCAUGGGCAGAUGGUAAACUACUAAGAAAAGUUAAAAUUCAACCUAGUUUGUCCGUUCCGUGUGAACAGAGCGAACAUGUAAAGCGGUUCCAUGUAAACGAAGUGUCCUAUCAAAUUAUUCAGCUGAUCGAAAAUUCGUCCGGUGCCGCAGUGUGAAAGUACAGGGUUGGUUCGCACCUUGAAAAUCCUUGAAAGUCCUUGAUUUUUAAAAUAAAAAUUCAAGGCCUUGAAAAUUGCAGUCGGCGCUGGAAAGUCCUUGAAUUUUAAUGCUUAUACCACUACAUGAGAAAUUUCUGCAAUCUGAUUGGCUUAGAGCAGUGGUAUUUCAGCUUAAUUUGAAAUACCUACAAGUGAAAAUUACAAACCUUUGCGGCUAGUGGUAAAAACAGAUAAUAGCAUGAUUUGUACGUGAUAUUUGGUAAAAAUACCACUCGUGAUAUUGCAAAAUUGUCUCAAAUUUUACUCGCCUAACGGUUCGUGAAAUUAAGUAUAACAAUUUCGAAAUAUCACUCGUGGCAUUUAUGCGAAAUAUCACUACAAAUCAUGCUAUUACCUAUACUAACUAUUAGAACUGAAGUUGAUUUUUCCUAUUUUAAUACGGCAUUACAAAUCUGCCGUUAUCGACUGAGUUUCUAAAGCAAAUUGCCUAUCCAGCAUAAGAGAUCCAAAGCUGACGUUUUAUGCACCAGCCUUUCGUCUGCGGUAUCCCUUUGGGCUCGCUUUGUAGAGGGGCAAGCCAAAUGUCAGCUUUUGACUUUUAUGUUAACGGUUUAUCAACUCACCAUUAACCCCAAUUUUUAUAUUCCACCCCCUCCACCUCCCCAACCCCAAACCAACUACUGACGGCAGCAAAUUUCUUUAAAAACAAGCCCUUGUUAGGGUAAUAAUGUGAUGUAAUUUUGUAGUGAAAUUUCAGUUGCAGUGUACCGAAGGCAUGUUCAGUUCACGAAAUGGAAUGAAACCUCGCACAACUACUCCGUCAGGUUAGUUUCAAAACGUACUUAAAAGAUAUUUGGGAAACUCGCUUUCAAAUGGAAAGCUGUCUCAAAGUAAGAGACUGACUAAUAACAGUAAAUUGUAGUGGAACCACGGAGUGGAACAGCAUACAGCAUGCAGUUUGUAAUGUGUAACUGGUUUGGUAUUGCUAUGGUUCUUUUCAGGUGUUUUACACGAUCGAAGGACAAGAUCUUUUAACACCUCCCUGCGGGCUCGGCUUGCCAGGGUCGAUAACGUACAAAGUGCGAGUACUCCAAGGUAUUUCUCUGCUUUUAUUACUACUCUUACUCCUAGCAGGGCCAAAGAAAAGCUAACGUAAAAUUUACCUUCUAAAAUUGGAAGAAAUAAAUAUCACCACGCAAAAGUUCUGCCUAAGAGGUUUUUAAUUGAAUGGUAACACCAUGGGAUUUCGUAUACCUAUGUAAAAGCUUUAGUGAUAAAUAAUCUUGCUAUUACGUAGUCCAGGAUUGAAUAGGUUAAUAAGAUCAUGGUAUUCCAUCUCAUCACUAGGGAUUCGCGAAGGUUUAUUAACUAAGUAAGGGUAAAUUUCUUUUUAUUUGUUCAUAGAAUAAACAAGUUUACGGAAAAGAAUAAUCAACUAAGGAAAUAAAAAGAAAAAGGGAAAACAUAGUGAAACUAAUAUCUUGCCCUAAUAGUUUGAAAAAUAAAAAGGAUUCUUAAUUGAAAGGAUAAAGUGGUUCCACGGAGCUAAAAGCUCGCGGCCAUCUUUGAUCUUUACUUCCCGCUGAUCCGUGUAUGUAAGAAAGUGUAGAUGAUCUUGUUAAGCCCUUAACCUCAUCAAGAAUAGAUGAGGUUGGGUGUAGGUGCUCUAUAAGAUGGUGGUGCCAAGCGCAAAAGAGGCAAACACAACGUAUCCAAGGCAACCAGUGAGCGGCAACCACCACCGACACCUUCACACUGACCAACUAGAUCAGUGGAAAUAAGACAGUACACACUUACCUGGAAGGGAGGGAGGGACAGGGAAGAAAUCAGCACAAGGGAGCUUAAACGCAAAGCACUCUUAAUUGUGCAAUGAAGACCACUGUUUCGAGUUUAGCUUCGCAUAAAUUGCAUUUUGCCACAAAAAAGUAUGAACAGACUGUUAGUGAACGCGGUAUGGAGUAUUUUAAAGACCUUUGUCAGGAACUAAGUUUGGCAUUUUGUUGUGGAAAAUUUAGGCGCCACAUUAACACAGAUUGUAACCGCUCCCCGAGGCCAUCACAAGCAGUCACACCUAGCGGCUUGAAGACCAAAAAAUUCAAUGUUCCAAGAACAAGCACUCCGAUGAAUUCUCCAGCAUGCCGCAGAAUGCGUGGACCACGGCCGCCAUUUGUUACGCCUUAUCGAAAGCAGGUUGUCAGUAGGAACGUCUCCCCGCUGGUGCGCUGUACAGCUCCUGGAUGUCCCAUCCUCAAGCCAUUGGAGAGCCCGGGAGCCGCAGACGUGGAGCCUUCUUCGAAAAAGCUAAAGAUUUCAUCCCCUAACACCACAUUUAAUUCGAAAAGUAGGACAGAAUUAUCCGAGGUUGGUUUAGUUCUUACUUCCUGAUUUGUGUUUAAUUACCAUUAAGCUUACGGCAAGGUUUCGUUCACACGGCAGCGGACGAAUUUUCGACCGGUUGAAAAUUGAUGCGGUUAGGUGCUCCGUUUACACGGAACCACCGGAACUGUACCAAAAUUAAGACGCCUAGCCGUUCAAAGUUCCUUUGAACAGUUAGUUAGUUAGUUAGUUAGUAUGGUCGAGUGCCAGUUCGGAUAUGGAUUCUCCCUCGCCAGUCCCUUUGGUCUAGCACUGUCGUUCCGAGUUCUCCGAGAGUGGCGAAUCCGGUGUCCUCAAGCAGAGUGUGUACGUAUGUGGUCCUGGGUCUUCCUAUCUUACUUUGUUCGUGUUGUGGCUGCCACAACACAAGCUUCGAUGCCUCCUCUUUUUUGUCUAACACAAUGCCAAGCUACUCUCUCUAGAAACUUUUGGGAGAUAACCGUACAGAUCUUUAUUAAUUUUGUGAUGUGGUCUUUCCAAGAAACGUUUGGUGCUGUGCAAAGCAGUCUAGUAUAGGCACCAACAACUUGCUUUUCAGUGCUUUUUCUUAGAGUUAAUGUUUCACUGCCGUAAAGGAAAACACUCUCUACUGUUGCCCGGGAUAGUCUAACCUUUGAACAGAGCGAAAAUAUUGAAUGGUUCAGUGUUUAAAAGUGUGUGAUCAAAUUUUUGAGCCGGUCGAAAAUUUGUUGGGUGUCGUGUUAACCUGCCUUUUGCUUCGAUAUCUAAGACCAAGCUUAAGUCAGAGCUUAACUUGACAUCCUCUCAAGUUUGUCGCUACAAUCAAUGAGACAUCUCUGAAUGUAAUUUGCUGGAAAAUUUAUAUUAGUUACCCUUUUUUCUCCUAGUUGCCAUAACCCACCCUAGCUGUAGUAACAUAAAGUAAUAAGCUAAAGCCUGCUUACCUGAUCACUAACCUGUUUAUUGCUUUGAUAUCAAAGACGGACUGUAAAGUCAAACCUCAGCCGGGAUUCCUUUCUCAAGUUCGUCGUGGUAAUCGAAGGGUGAAAAUUAGGGAAAUGACAGGAAACGCUACACCCGGUGGAUUUACUACUGCAGAGGUACGAUGGCCUGUAAUUCUUAAAUGUAAAAUAUUUUAGCAUAACACAGUCCCUUUAGGUUGACGAGGAGUCAUGUCAUGAUAACACCUCUAUCGCAUAGUAUUACGGGAGCAAGUGUGGCCUUGGCGCAAUAUUAACGGCACUCUCCUCCUUUCAAUGUGGCCCGGGUUGGAAUCCCGGCGUCGACACCAUAGGUGGGCUGAGUUUGUUGUUGGUUUUCUCCUUUGCACCAAAAGGUUUUUCUCCGGGUACUCCGGUCUCUCCUCAAAAACCAAUAUUUCCGAAUUGCAAUUCGAACAGUAAUCAGUUAAACAAAGAACCAGUCUUACCUCUAAAUAGUUAUGUAUUAUUUAUUAUAUCGUUUGAAAUAGUUUUUAGUAUGUGCCAUUCUUGCGCUCAGCCUGGUAGAAUUCCGAAUGGAUUACUUUGUUCCAGCCGUCACUUCUUUCAUUUUCUUUCAGCUGCUUGAACUGGGUGUUUCACUUGAGGUGUUGUCUGUUACUUCUUCCAAUGCUGGCUCAUUCCGAUUUAUGGGCAGGAAGUAUCUAAGCGAGGCAGUCUUAACCGGCGAAGAGGGGGCGAGGACAGAGGACGGAGGACUGCUGUAUGCUGGAGACGAUGGCAUGGUUGGUCUGGAAGAGAUAAAAAGGUAAGGGAUGAUAACGGAGAUGUUUAGGUGACAGGGUGUCGUUUUAUGGAAUAUGGCUGGUUGGUUUGUUUUCAGUAUUUGGUCUUUGGGUUUUUGUCUCAUUGUCGAGUUCUUUGAUUUAUUCUUUUCUUUGUGAUUGAUUUUUUGAUUUAUUGACUGAUUAUUUGAUUGAUUUUCCAAUGGCGGCUAAACAGACAAAAGUAGACUAGGUCUCCUUCAAGGCAGCUCAUAUACUAGACUAUGAGAAGAUAGGACCCUGACUAUCCAGAUACACUGCCUACUUGCAAAGAGUUUUAAAAGAUGUCUCUGUAAUUUACUGAUAUGAUAGCCCGCCCAUAGAAUCCUUAGCAGGCUUUAAGUUAAAGUUGACCUUUGAAAUGUAUUUCUCAGCGCAUUUCUCAGCACACCAGGGGUAGACAAACAAUUGAUAAGUGAAGAGUGGAUAGCCAAUCAUUACAGAUGGAUCAUAUGGAAGCUAGCUGCAAUGGAGGUAGCUUUUCCUCGUCAUUUUGCUGGAAGGUAAUAGUCUCGUUUAUUUACAAAGAAUUUUCACCCCCUCGUUCUUGAGUAGUCUUGAUGACAGGAUAAGGGCUGGGUUGGCAGUGAAGUUUCAUAGCAACAAUAGCGCGGGAAUGGCAUUUAAUUAAGAAAUAAUAUAAUAUCAUCAUCACCAUCAUAAAAAAAAAACAAACAAACAAACAAACAAAAUAAAAUAAUAAUAAUAACAAUAAUAAUAAUAAUAAUAGGAUAUGACCGCUAUCCGAUCCAUUUGGUUAUGCCGCUUUGUUACUCUUGUCGUUGUGUAUUUGUUUUAGAUGUUUGACUCCAGACUGGGUUUUGUGCCAGCUCAAGUACAGAUAUGAUAGGGAAAUUGAUCAGAGCAACAGGUAAUAGUUAGUAAAAUGUAGAUGCAAAAUCCUUAUUUUAGACUGGUGGAUUUCAAUUAAAACUACCGCAAUAACUCACAAUAAUGUAAUUUGUUUGUAAAGAGAAUAAAAUAAAUGACAAGUUGUUUUUGCUGAUGUUGUUGUUCUUUUCUAAAAGCAAAUAAUGUGCCCUGUUUUGAUAGCCUGUGACACAGUUCAAAUAGAAGCAGCCUCCUGCGAGCAGUAAUUUCCAGUGGUGAUUUUACCUUAGUGUACUGGGUUUGCUAGUUUUGGUCGAACAAAUACUGGAUUGUAACAUAAAUGGAAACUCCAGUUUUUUUUCUUUUUGUUUAGUUUUCAUAAUACAUUGUAUCGUAUAUACCUCACGAGUACAUUUUGGGUAUUCUUGCUGCUACGACGGUUGAUUUAUUACGAUUGUUUUGAAGGUCUGCUCUGAAGAAGAUUCUGGAACGUGAUGAUGUGUCGAGCCGCACUAUGGUUCUCUGUGUAACUAGUGUCUCGGUAACACCCAAUCAAACUGAAGGUGCGUCUCUAGAUCAGAAAGACAAAGAUGGUGGAAAGGAUGUCCAGGGAUCUUCUAACAAAACCGUGGUUGGUGUCUUCAGUGUAAUCAUAUAUAUGUUUACAUAUUUUGUCACAGGCUAUUCGUCUGUUGUGCUCUGUAUGUACGUGCUAUCGUAGGUUCUAUCUCCAGGAGAAAAUACAAAAAAAUGUUUUAAAAGUGUAAGAGAAUCUAAAGCAGAAUAAAGAAUGUAGCUCGAUUUGUUUGAAGUAAUGUGUUGUUGAAGGGGAACGUUCUGUCAGAAGCUCAAUGAAAUACCUUGCGUAUUUUUUCCUGGAAAUUUGUUUCUCUUCAAUGGACGACAUGUAAAGCAAAGCAAACUAAACUAAGAGACAAGUUUAUAAAUGUGCUGUGCAAGCUGUGCUUGAUAGAUUUUUUGGCGUUGCGGCAAAAUUCAGCUGUUCAAUCAAAACAAAUUCGGCACAAGCUUAAGAGAGACACCGCUCGAAUCAAAGCUGAACAGUUCUUCCUGUCUUAAAUCAUAACUGGUAUUCUAUUUUCAGAGUUCUUCUGUGAUAGAGUUGACUGAUGGCUGGUACAGCAUUCGUGCAUUGCUGGACAGGCCACUCACCAGAUUGCUGAACGACGGGAAACUUAUUGUGGGACAAAAAAUUUGUGUUUAUGGAGCGGAGUUGGUGGGAUCAGAACAAGCUGUAUCGCCGCUCGAGGUACACUUUUGUAGUAUGUGGUCGUCAACUGUGUAUAAUGAGAGCAAUCACCGUUUGAGAACUUACUGCAAAGUACAAUUCAAAUUAUUUCUCUUUUUACCCUCAGGCAAAUGGUUAGUUGGAGCUCAUUAGGUCCCCUCUCACAGGGAGACAAAAUGUCCUAAGGGAGUCAUUUAACAGAGUACAUAACGUAUUUUACAUGUUUCUCUUUCCUGUACCGAUAUGGAUGAAAUUCGUCGUGUUUUAAAACACAUCCUCACUGCCGUGGCCGAGAGGUUAAUGAUGAAAAAGAAUAUUUUUGAAACAUCUAAAUCAACGGCAGUUAAACAGGUUUGAAUCUAUAAUCCGCAUGAUAAAUGCGUCUUUUUUGUACCAGGCUCCUUCCUCGUUGAUGCUUCGACUCCACGCUAAUUCCACCCGACGUGCUCUUUGGGAUGCAAAGCUUGGUUUCCAUAGUCACGUGCGCGCUUUUCCAUUACCGCUGGUCUCUUUAUUUUGUGAUGGGGGAUUCACAGGCUGCAUUGAUGUUGUUGUAUUAAGACAGUACCCUGUUCAGGUGAGAGACUAACUCGUGACUCUUUCGUUAACCACUUACACAACCAAAGGGCAUUACCUCCGACACAAAUUCAGACAAGAAAUGUAUUUGGUUUUGAAUGUGCUAUUUGAACUUAAAACCACUGAUUUAUUUUGAAGAAAAACAUAGAGAGCCAAAAGUAAACGCUAUUUUCGUUAUGGGCAGUAGCUAGGCGCCAGAAAGUCGGUUUUACAGCUUACUAUACAAUGUAAAACUUCACUUACCCAUUGCGCAAGUUAGUCGAUAUUAGAAUUCACCAGCCCGAUUGCGAAAGCAAAAUUCACAAGCCCAGGACACGACUUUCUUUGCAGGCUAAAUAGCACCCUCAGUUAUGGUUGGCGUUUCUAUUUAAAAACUGUUUAUGUUCUGAUAUGCUCUAUCCUUUUUUGUAGUGGAUGGAAAAGAUGCCUGACGGGACAAACGUUUUUCGAAAUUCUCGCCUCGAAGAGCGAGAAGCCAAAAGGUUUGAAGCCGAUCGUCAACAGCGACGUGAGAAGCUUUUUCUUCAGGUACAAGAGGAGUUUGAAAAAGAAUCAGGACAGCCAGGUUUGAUACUUUCAUUAAAAUCUGUGACGUUAUUUAACCCUCUUUUAGACCCACACCGCUUGGCGCUAACGUUCGGUUGGUCCCUUAAAGACAGUCACAGAAAUUUACUGACGAACGGAAGGCAAAAACUCUAGAAAUCUCUUUAAAGGAGCUGCCCGUUAUACGUUGGAGUGGACUGCAAUUCUAUGAAAUAACCUAAAACUGCCUUCUUUAUUUUUUAUUCAUUGGUAUAUAUGCUCACAAGCGAUGCCCAUAUCGUUAAUUUUGAAUAAAUUCUUCCCGUCACGUCCGGUGUUAAUUAUUAUUACUUUUUUAUUCAGACAUCGAGACACAAAGAACAACCAAAUUUCGUCGUCGAUCUUAUUCAUCCCGCGAUUUAAGUCAGCUGAGUGAUGGAAGGGAAAUCUACGAAGCUCUUACACGAGCGUCUGACCCCGACGCGGUAAAGGUGUGUGAGACUGACCUAUAACUACCGUGAACUUCAUUUUAUAUGGAUACUAACUACAAGGGGGUCUUGAUUUUUAUUAGAUACUUUCUGUGUUCCCAAGCGUCUUUCUCUUUUUGAGCGUGGCGGUCGAAGUGGAGGAGGGGGGAGGGGGGAUUUCGUCGAAUGUAAUCGCAAACAACCCUUUUCUCUCUUUUAGGAAUGUCUCGAUGAACGCCAAGUGACCGCUCUGGAGGAAUACCAGCGCUUGAUACAGGAAAAGAAAUGUGCUGAAUUACAGAGAAAGUUUGAACUAAUUUGGCAAGAGCAGGAGGAAGAGGUAGCUGGUCCUUGAUGUUGAUAUUCAUAGCUACUUUUGAAAUAGUGAUAAUGAAAAUGAUGAUGAUGGUCAUAAUAAUAAUAGUAGUAAUAAUAAUAAUAAUAUCAAAUUGGUUUUCCCUCAGUGUCAGUUGAAACGAAAUGUGGUCCCUCUACUGAAAGUUUGGAUUACAGACUACAGAUACCGUACAAAAGAAAGUAAGUAUUGAUCAAUUUAGAAUGAAUAUAAGGCUUUGAAGUAUCAAUUGAUUAUCAGACACCAUAAGAGUAUUUGUAAAUUUGUGACAAAGUAGUUUACAAGAAGCAUUCAAAUCUCACGUUACAUGAAAUACUGAAAAACAACUCGUACCAUUUUCACUGAAAUUCCUCGCUUCAAUGUUUAAGCUACCUCUAUCAGCCUCAUAUUUAGCUUUAGAAGUGAAAUGGUUAAUAUUUGUCCAAAUCACAGAUGCCAUAUUGAGUAUCUGGCGAGCAAGCGAAGAUUUAAUGCAACUACUGAGUGAGGGAUCUCGACUGAGGAUAUAUCACCUUACGGCAGCUGGUGUCAGGUAA